AUGGCACCCUCUACUUCCACCACUCAGCCAACUAUAGUUUCAACAAAAUGGGGUAAUAUUGUUGUUUUUAUAGAUAACAACUGGAACGAAUUCAAGGAAUCUUGCUUACUUGCACUUGCAGUAGCUAAGGCUAUUGAUAUAGUUAAGAACAUUGAAGGAUCACCAGAUCCUUUUGAUAAUGAUUUCAUUGAAGCAUUACUCGGAGAUUACAAGAGAAGAAGAGGUUACGCAAUCGCUAUACUCAAUGCUGGAGUCAGUACAAUCUACCACUCUAGCUUUAUCGAACAUAUAAACAAUCUCGAUAUCGCCAGCAUGUGGAUAGCUCUCGAAAAACAUGAUAAUAGUGCUCACCCCCAGUUCGUUGCUGAAGUAGCUAAGAUGUUCGUACUCAACGCUGAUCAAACUCUCAAACAAGCCCUUUUGACUUUCAGCGCUUGUGAGAAAUUAGUCACUGCUAUUGCUGUGUACGCGAAUACCAGGGGAAAAGGACGAGGUUGUGGAGGACGAGGUCGUGGAGGACGAGGUCGUGGUUAUAAUAGUAGUGAUAGGGGAGGUAGUAGUAAUCACAGAGAUUACACUAUAGGUACUGGUGGAAUUGGUAAAGAUCAGUGUCGCUUCUGUUAUAAGAAUAAUCAUCAUCAAAAGGAUUGCCGAGCCUAUGCUAAAGCAAUAGCACUUGCUAGAGGCAAAAAGGGCAAGAAGGAAAAAGACGAUAAUGAUGAUGAGACUGAAGCUUGUGUAGUUGAAGCAGAACAAUACAACGAUACUGUCUAUUCAGGAUCUGUAAUAACCUAUAUUAUCAACCAAUCGUUUGAAAUCGAUAUAGGAUAUCUUACUCUUCAAGAUAAUGAAGAAGGGGAUCUGGAAGAAUCGAAUGCAGAGCUAGCACAUAAACGACUUGGUCAUCUCAAUUAUGAUCAGAUGGAGAAACUAAAGAGAAGAUCUGUUGGGUUGAAAUUCGCAAAGAGAACAAAGACGAAAGGCUGGAGAGUCUGUGAACUAUAUCUUGCUGGACGAAUGAGGGAACACUUUAAUAAAAAGAUAGCUAUACGAAUAUAUAGGAAAAUUCGACGAUUACAUUGUAAUCUCUUAGGGAUCCUAGUAUCUUUUGCAAACAGUAACAAGUAUUUUCUUUUAGCAACGGACAAUGCUACUAGAGUCGAUUGGAUACGAUAUACAAAGGACAAAACAGUUGUAACGGUGGUACUGAUACUGAUGGAAAUUAUCAAAAAUAUUGAAAAGGAAACAGGAGAGAAAGUGACAAUCAUUUGUGCAGAUAAUGGAAGAAGCGAAUUCGGCAUUGUCUUUCAGAAUGAACUCAAGAAACUCGGGUUUCAAUUUGAAUCCUUUCCUCUAGGAAAGCAUUCAAUGAAUAGAGUUGCUGAGAAACACAUUCAAGAUAUCAGUGCUAGAUCCAGGAGUUUACUUAAUCAAGUAGGUAUGCCAGAAGAUUAA